AUGUCAGGCGGCUCUCAGAUCGAGGGCGACGCGGUCUUCGCCGUUGACGACGAUGACAAUUCUGACACUGUCCAAUCGAGGUACAUGUCCGACGCAAACAAGCAGGCCGCGUUUGAGCACUUGGAUGGUAAGAAUUGCAUCUUUGCAUCCUCCUUUCCUGACUCCAUGGACGACUACCUCACGAGAGGGGACCUCGCUAAUAGUUCUGAUGCAAUGAAAGACCCCUCGACCUCUGAUCUCUUCAAGGGGAAGUUGAAGCCGUCUCAUGAGGGACCUGAAGAACAACAUGAAGCCAAGCGGAGGCGAAUCCUUCUCGAGUCUCACCGUGCCCCGGCGGAGAAGUCCCACGCUAUGCAGAGCACCGUUGGCCAACCAGCAGACUCUGAAGAGAAAAACCACCACCAGUCCCUGGCUCUUCCCAAUGUUGGCCACAACAACGUUGGUGGCACCCCAUUGGAGCUACUGGGACAUGCCAACAAGGACCAGCAACUCCCCACUGUUGGCCCAGCAUCUACACAAAGCUCUCUUCACAGUAUCGGCCUCGAAAACUGUACCGUCCUCCCGUCGGGGAUAUUGCGAAGGGUCAACAAGGACCGAGAAGAUCAGCAAGCCCCCUCUGUUAGACCAAUGCCUACGCAAAGUUUUGCUUCAAACAGAAGCCAGAGGAGCUUUGAUGCCCCAGCUGCAAUGCGACACCGCAUUGUCUCACUCUCUCCACGAGAGCUCCCGCCUCACAAGAACGGGCUCGGUGGCCAAGGAACCCGCCGUGUUGUCAGCAAUCCUGCCGUUGCCCAACAAGCCUCGCGAUCUCAAGAAUAUCAACAACAGCCACAGUCCACGCAGCAGGCACAACAGCUGCCCCAGGAGCGACAGCAACAUCUCCAGUCACCGUACUGUUUUCCAGUCCAAUUCCAAGUCGAGGUCAGCAGGACUCAUCGCGACAAAAUCAUCAGCAUCGCCAAAGAGGAGGAGGCAGGAAAGCUGACCUUGACCACCAUCAAGACGCUCUACAAGGCUUCGCCCUGGGAGAAAGCAACGCAAGGACCACUCUUUUGGGCGGACAUGGAACCAGCGAGUAGCUAA